GAGUAAGACAAGUCUACAUGCUAAUAGUGAAGUAAUGGCGCUUAUUUAAUGUACAGUUUACAGCUGAGUGCUGUAGUGGAAGUGCACUGACAGAGAGAAGAGUUUUGCAGAGGUAAGGUGAGAAUAAGGGAGUCCUGAUCUAAGGGGCCCAAUAAUAGGAGUCCACACAUAAGUAUAGUUAUACCACCUGAAGUUCAGUUUCGUUUCCUCCUUGACACUCCAGUGGACGCGCCCUUCUGUAAACUGACCCGCCUACCUACCACUUUUUAAAUGCACUCCUCAGGUGAACAUUGGCGUCCUUCAAAUCCCGUCUACAGCUGAGGAUACGGCAAACACAGGACAUUUGCAGAAGAAUCUCCUAGCUGUAACUCAAGUACCACAAAACAAAAUGAUGUCCACUCUGCAAAUGCUGGAGAAACUCUAUCAGAACAAAGUGGACUUCAGUGCCAAUGAGCUUAACCCCUACCGAUCUUUUGCAGAACAGGUGGUCAUCACUGUCCUGGCAGAAGUCCAGAACAAUUUAAGAUCUACAGACCCGAAAAUAAGUCUGGAGCCCAUUGGCACUGGCAGCAGUUUUGAAGGUGUGAAGGUCAAACCGGAUUUGGAGUUUGACUUCAUGGUUCCAAUUCAGAUAAUCUUGGAUGAGAUUAUCUUUUCAGAUAAGAAUCCUGAUAUUCCAGUUUGCUUUGGAUUAAUUCAGAUUAAAAGGCCAGUGUCACAGGAAGCAAAAUCCAAAUGGGCAACUGAUUUAGAUUUCAUACUCAAGUUCUGUGUUCAGUUAAAUAGACAUGGCCAUGUAUUGUCUGCGGGGAAGAUCCAGCAGUGGUUCCAGUCCAUGUGUGCCCGUACUCUGCCCGAGCUCAAAGAACACUUCCCUGGAAUCAAUUUUACAUUUCAAAAGAAUGGUCCUGCAAGGACUCUUGUCUUUGAUUAUUAUGGUAAAAAGAUGAAUAUUGACAUUGUGCCUGCUGUUCCAUACAAGGGUGUCUACCUUGUAGCAAAGAUGACCUCACAUCUUGACCUUGGGGAGGCUGCAUGGAGACUUUCCUUCUCCACCCAUGAGAAGGCUUUCUUUGACAGCCUGCGACGCAACUCCUGUUACUUCAAGUGCCUGAAUAUCCUAAAAUACCUGAGGGAGAAUGAUAAGGAAAUAUGUCCAUCCUUCCAGUUGAACUUCUGUUACUUCAAGUGCCUGAAGAUCCUAAAAUAUCUGAGGGAGAAUGAUAAGAAAAUAUGUCCAUCCUCCCAGUUGACCUCCAGAUGUCCUUCGUACUACCUGAAAACAGCAUUUUUCCAUUAUGUAUUACAAAUUGAUAAAUAUGUCUGGCAGAACUAUAACUUGGAAACACAAGUAAAGGGUCUCCUUCUGUACCUGGCUAAAUGUAUGAAGCAACAGUACCUUCCACACAUCUUUUUGGGGAAUAAAGAGCUGGUAGGCAGACGUGAUUUGUGGCUGCAGGAUAUUCCUUUAACGUUUUUCCACUUUAAGAAGACAAACCUUUUGAAAGAAGUUAAUAAAGAAACCUUGCACCAGAUCAGUCUGAGGCUGAUUUACAUUCAUGAUAACCUUGACAAGGUGCUUCAACAAUUGUGCUGUUCUCCAGAGUGUUUACAGCAAUAUUCUAAGUCCUCCUCAGUUCGCAUCAGAGACCCAACAGAUGAGUUGGUUAGAAGAGCAGAAGUAGUGUGCGAAAUGGAGUAUGUCAGUCGUCAUCACAGUGAUCCAUCAUUUGAGGAAUACGAUUUUGACAGUCAACAACACAAGCUACGGCGGUGUAAAAUUUUGUGUGUGAUCGCUUGUGUUGUUUUCAUUUCCUUUAUUUAUUUGUUAAUGCUACUGCGAUACAUGUCAGAAUAUAGACCUGGAAAAAAAUGAGAAGUGGAGCUGUGGAAAGCAAAUGGAAGAUUCUAAAAAUAAAUAAAUAUUAAUAAUUACGUUUUGUAAAUCAUUACACUUUAAAGAAGACAGUGUGGUGCCUCAAGUUUGGACUGCUGCCUCAAAGUUCAUUGGUUCAGGUGCUUUUGGGGAGUAUUUUAUUUUCCACAUCCCAAAAGAUACAUGCAUUAGAUAAACUGGCAUCUGUGAAUUGUCCCAACAAUCCAGUAAUUGAAAAUGGAUGGAUACAAGAAGAGUAACUGUUAAAAUCAAUAGCUUACUUGCAAUAUUGUAUGUACUGUAGUGGCAAUAAUUCAAUCAAUAAAACUAACAACAGCA